CAACAACUCUGGAGAAAUCAGGGAACCUGGAAGUGCGACACGUGUCGGGCGUGACCUGUGCAUUGAGGCGCCCACUGCGGCUGGUAUCUUCGUUUGUCAGGUCCACCUUGCGACUUCAGCCCACCUCCCUGGCUGCCUCGGUUGAGCUCGGGCAAUCGCAGGUGUCUCUUAAACCACCGCCCGCCUCCAGACUGCUGUCUAGAAGUUUCGCAAUAGCCAAAACAUCAGUCAAGCACAAACUCUCCUCAAAGGAUCACGCGAGCUCGCACCAGCUCCAACCACACAACCUCCCCCAGCGAACGCCUGUGCCAAUUGCGACAUGCUCGAAUACUUCGCAUACAGAAAGGUCAAGAAGCACCGGGCGGAGAAGAAGGAGCAGGAGACGGCCCAGCGGCUCGCCAAGGAUGAAGCGGUCGCCUCUGGCUCCAGCGCCCCGGCCACCCCCGGCGUGCCGCGCGUCGUGGAGCCGGGCCCUGCCAGCCCGUCGGAGGCGCAACACACGAUGGUCGAGCCGCUGCUCAAGGACGAGGACGAGCGGUUCCUGAGGCUGUUGACGUCGGGCUCGCGCCCGCCCUCGGCCCGGCGGCUAGACGGCGCCCACGACGACGACGACGAGGGCCCGCGGCCGCCCCUACCGCCGCGCAUCAAGACGCCCGAGAUCGGCUGGGACAGCGACGCCGACUCCUUCAUGGGCAAGGGCAAGGGCAAGGUGGGCGGCGAGCUGGCCUUGGCCGAAAAGCCCGGGGCCGGCAGUGGCAAGUUCACGGACCGCAUCGGGCGGCGCAUCUCGGUGCUGGUGCGGCGGCCCGGCAACAGCAACAAGAAGCCCGAAGUGAAGCCAAACCCCAACCUGAGCGUGCCCGAGGCCGAGGCGGAGCGCGAGCGCGACGACCUGACGCGCGUGCUCAAUGACCUGAACCUGUCGGCGCAGAACAACCGCGCCUUCUCGCUCUCGCCCCAGAGCGCCGAGCUGGUGGGCAAGUUCACCCUCGUGCUCAAGGACCUCGUCAACGGCGUGCCGACGGCCGCCAACGACCUCAAGCUGCUCGUCGAGGACCCGGACGGCCACCUGGCAAAGAACUUUGACCGCCUGCCCGCGUCGCUGCGCAAGCUCGUCGAGACCCUGCCGGACAAGGUCACGGCGACAAUGGCGCCCGAGCUCGUGCGCGCCGCGGCCGAGUCGCAGGGGCUCAAGCACGACGACAACUCAAAGGGUGGGCUCAAGGACACGGCCAUGCGCCUGCUCAUGCCCGGAAACCUGCAGGAGCUCAUCACCAAGCCGAGCGCCAUCGUCGGCAUGCUCAAGGCCAUCAUGAACGCGCUCAAGCUGCGCUGGCCGGCAUUUAUCGGCACCAACGUCCUUUGGAGUGUCGCCAUUUUCCUCCUCCUGUUCGUCCUGUGGUACUGCCAUAAGCGCGGCCGCGAGGUCAGGCUCGAGGGCGAGCGCACCACCGAGGCCGGCGACAGGAUCGAGGAGCUCCCCGACGACCCGCAGCUGCCGGCCCCUCGCGCCGAGGCCAGCGGCUCGGCCUCCGCGCCCGGUGCUGUUGCUGCCACCAAAAGGACGUCGAAGUAGUGUUUCGGCCUCGAGGUUGAACCCGCGCCGUCUUUUUGCGUUGGCCAGGAUAAUGAAUUGCAAUCUGCGGCUGCACAUAAUAUUUCCUUUUUCAUGUAGAAAACUGGUGGCAGCCCGCCUUGACGAAGGACACGAUAAUAGCAUACGCACAGCAUGGAGUUGAUGGCUGUUUCUUUUGAUUUGUAAUAUGUGAUCUACAUGGCGGCUAUCUGAGCGCAAAGGACAAGCAGAGACAUGCUCGGGAUCGCCCAGCGUGGGUAUUUUCUUUUUAUCGUCUUCUCACCUCUCAAACGCCGCUCACACCCGACGCGGCCACAUGCAAGAAACGGCCCCGUUCUAGUCCUCCUGCAUGGGAUCCCGCCCCUCGGCGUCCGAGACGGCCUUGUCCAC